CCAUUCGACUUCGUUGUCCGUCGUCUGUGCAAGCAAAAUCUGUGAAAAUCACAAAUAAUUAGAUUUUAAACAAAUAAAUAUAAAGAGAAUGUCACAUUAAAGCAGGGGAAAAUGCCCUUUUGGAAAUAUGUGUGUAACAAAAUAAACAUCGUAACGUCAUCAUAAUUAGAGCUGACAAAGUGCAAGUGUAGAAUAAAAAAAGAACAAAAACAGACACGGAAAAUGAGUAAAUUCAAGAAAAAGCACACAAAAAGAGACCAAGAAAACACCAACUUUUAAUAUAGCCAGCCAGCAAGCAAGCAAGCCGAAAACGAAAAGAUUGGAAAGAUAUAACAGGUUCAAAGUGAAGGUUAAUGAAACCGCGGCGACGGCAACGAAGUUUCGCAAUAAAACACUUUACGCAAAAAUAUAAACGAUUUUUCGACACACUGUGACAAAGUUUUUCCUUGACUUCAGCUUGAAAAGAGUUGAAGCAGUAUUACCAGUUCAUUAUGCCAAAUUUUUGUUUACCAAGGACUUCUCACAACUGCCGCCCAUUAAGCAGUGGGCCAAUGACCGGAACAGCAGAAUUUCAGCGAAAUAACAUAUCAACCAUCAAUAGUUCUUCCUAUACUUCAUUUAACAAAUUAGAAAAUAUGGCGAAAAUUGUAAUCUGCACACUUCUGGCUUUAGGGCUUUUUGUCACGUUGGUUAGCAGUGAUACCAUUCCAACGCAAAAUAUGUCCCACAAGGAACGGGAAGCUUUGAGGGAGGAAGCCAGGGAUAUGUUCUAUCACGCUUAUCAUGCGUAUAUGGAUAAUGCCUAUCCAGCCGAUGAACUGAUGCCCUUGUCUUGUAAAGGCCGUUAUAGAGGGGUUACACCAUCCAGAGGUGACAUGGAUGAUAUUCUGGGAAACUUUUCGAUGACCUUAGUCGAUACACUCGACACAUUGGUGAUUCUGGGCGACUUUGCCGAAUUUGAACAUGCCGUCAAAUUGGUAAUACGUGAUGUCCAAUUUGAUAAUGAUAUUAUUGUCUCGGUAUUUGAGACGAAUAUUCGUAUGAUGGGUGGUCUACUGUCGGCACACAUUCUCGCCGAAUAUAUACAGAAAAAUGCACAAGUAAUGCACUGGUAUAAGGGUGAACUGUUGGAGAUGGCAAGAGAUUUGGGUUAUCGUUUGCUGCCAGCUUUUAAUACCUCAACUGGUAUACCACAUGCCCGGGUAAAUCUACGCUAUGGCAUGAAAGAUGAAUUACUCAAGAAGUCACGUGAAACUUGUACAGCCUGUGCCGGUACUAUCCUUUUGGAGUUUGCAGCAUUGUCAAGGUUGACAGGUGAUCCCAUCUUUGAAGCUCGUGCUCAUGCUGCCAUGGAUGCCCUGUGGAAAUUACGCCAUCGGGGGUCCGAUCUAAUGGGCACCGUUCUCAAUGUCCACUCCGGUGAUUGGGUGCGCCGUGAUUCCGGUGUUGGUGCUGGCAUUGAUUCUUACUAUGAAUAUCUAUUCAAAUCCUAUGUCCUAUUGGGUGAUGAUAAAUAUUUGGCCCGUUUCAAUCGCCAUUAUAAUGCGGUCAUGAAAUACGUUAGUGAGGGUCCAAUGCUGCUCGAUGUCCUCAUGCAUAGACCACAUGCGAAAUCACGUAAUUUUAUGGAUGCUUUAUUGGCCUUUUGGCCGGGUUUACAAGUGCUGUCGGGUGAUUUGAAACCGGCCGUACAAACGCAUGAAAUGUUAUAUCAAGUUAUGCAAAUGCAUACCUUUAUACCGGAGGCAUUUACCAUUGAUUUUCAAAUACACUGGGGCCAGCAUCAUUUGCGACCGGAAUUCAUAGAAUCCACUUACUUUUUAUAUCGGGCCACAGGCGAUCAUCAUUAUUUGCAAGUGGGCAAGAAGGCAUUGAAAGCCUUGCAACAGCAUGCCAAGGUGCCAUGCGGCUAUGCGGCGGUGAAUGAUGUGCGCACGGGGAAACAUGAAGAUCGUAUGGACUCGUUUGUUUUGUCCGAGACCUUUAAAUAUCUGUAUUUGCUGUUUACUGAGCCACAGGAUUUGAUAUUGAACAUCGAUGAGUUUGUUUUCACCACUGAGGCCCAUCUACUGCCACUUUCCCUGGCCCAACUGGGCAAUUCCACAUACAGUUUCCGUCAAUCCGAGGAACAUAAUGUGCUAGAUUUUAUGCGCACCUGCCCCUCCUCGAACAAGCUUUUUCCUGAGAAAGUACGCAAGCCUUUACGCAACUUCAUUACCGGCUCGUGUCCGCGCACGCCAGCCACCAAACGGCUACGAGCCCUGGACUUUCAAGCGAGUAAUGCAGAUCAUUUACGAGCUGUUUAUGACAUGGGCAUCACAAUGGUUUCAUUAGGCGAUGGCAAGGUGCGACUGUUUCAUAGUUUUUAUAAUGCUAAAUCACCCGAAGAAGGUGAAAUGGGUUUACAAUUUAUGCAAGAAAUGUUGGAACUAACGAAAUUGCAAUCACUCAAUCAACUGGCUCAAUUACAGGCUGUUGCCUAUCCCCUUGACGACAAAUCAAACGAUUGGACAGCUCUAAUGGCUGGUCCUUCACAUUUUAGUCCCGAAUUGACCGAAGAUGAUUUUGUGGAAAGUGAAGUUAUUCUCGCUGAACCCUUGCGGGCUUGUGACGAACGUCUGGCAAAUGCCGAAAAGGCGAAAGGCAAAAUUCUAAUUGCAGAGCGUGGUGAUUGUACAUUUGUGAGUAAGGCACGUUUGGCUCAAAAAUCUGGCGCCCUGGCGCUCAUUGUCUGUGAUAAUGUACCCGGUUCGUCCGGUGAAACACAACCGAUGUUUGCCAUGUCCGGUGAUGGCAUUAAUGAUGUUAAAAUACCUGUGGUAUUUAUGUAUUCACAAGAAUUUGCCAAACUCUCCAAAGUAAUGCAACGUAGGCCGCAUAUGAAAAUACGCAUCAUGCAAAUGAUUGAAUUUAAACGAUGGCAAAUGGCCAAGGAAUCCAAGGCCAAUGCCACGGAAACAACGCCAUCAGCGUCAGCCUCAACGACCACGACAACAACAAAGAAAUCCAAACCUGAAAAGGAGUUGUAGUGAUAACUUUAAUAAUUGUAAUUUGUAAUGAUUAAAAAAAACAAACAAAACAAA